GUUGCAAAUGCCAAAGAGGCAGGAGCAGUUGGUGCCCUGAUGUACCUGGACCCCUACGAUUACAAGAAUACAGAUGUGCUUGUCCCUUUUGGACAUGCCCACUUUGGAACUGGAGACCCUUUCACCCCAGGCUUCCCUUCCUUCAACCACACUCAGUUCCCACCAGUGGAAUCUUCUGGACUACCUCGCAUUGCUGUUCAGACUAUCUCUAGCCAAGCAGUGGGCAAGCUGUUCAGCAAAAUGAAUGCAGACAGAUGCCUUCUGGAGUGGAAAGCUGGAGUCAUGGGAUGUCAGGUGAUGCUGAGCAGCACGAGCAAGGUGACAGUGAACCUGACCGUGAACAAUGUUAUGGCAGACAGGAAGAUUCUGAACAUCUUCGGUGCUAUCAAGGGAUUUGAAGAACCAGAUCGGUAUGUUGUGAUCGGAGCCCAGAGAGACUCGUGGGGCCCAGGAGCGGCCAAGGCUGGCGUUGGAACGGCCAUCUUGUUGGAACUUGCCCGUGUGAUCUCAGACAUGGUGAAAAACGAUGGCUAUAAACCAAGGCGCAGCAUCAUCUUUGCUAGCUGGAGUGCAGGAGAGUAUGGAGCUGUGGGUGCUACUGAAUGGCUGGAGGGGUACUCUGCCACACUGCAUGCCAAAGCCUUCACUUACAUUAACUUGGAUGCUGCAGUCCUAGGCUUCAAUGACAUGAAGAUUUCUGCUAGCCCAUUGCUGUACACGUUGCUGGAGAGAACUAUGAAGGGGGUGAAGGACCCAACAAAGGAUUCGGGAAGCCUGUAUGACAGAGUUGGCUCUGACUGGGUAAAAACAGUUGUGCCCCUUGGUCUGGAUAAUGCAGCAUUCCCCUUCCUGGCCUACUCGGGAAUCCCAGUGGUUUCCUUUGGUUUCUGCAAUAAAGAUGAGGAAUAUCCCUUCUUGGGCACUACUGAGGACACCGUGGAGAAUCUGAAGAAAAUUGACAAAUUGCAUGCUCUUAUGCGUGCUGCUGCAGAAGUUGCUGGACAGAUAGCUCUCAGGCUGACCCAUGAUCAUGAGCUCUUCCUGGACUUUGAGAGAUAUGGUGAAGAAUUGCUAGCGUACCAGGAGAAGUUUUUGCCCUACGAUCGAGAUGUGAAGGCACUAGGGCUGACCUUGAACUGGCUGUUUUUUGCCCGUGGUGACUUCCAGCGAGCUACAGAUGCACUGAGAAGAGACAUCGCAAACAGUGACAGGGAAAACAGGAUCAUCCGCAGAGCCCUGAAUGACAGGAUCAUGAAGGUGGAGUAUGACUUCCUCUCCCCAUACCUCUCACCGAAAGAUGCUCCCUUUCGCCACAUCUUCUUCGGCAAAGGCUCUCACACCCUGCAGAGUCUGCUGGAGAGCCUGCAGCUGCUGAGAAGCAGCAGUCACAGCGUGGACGUGAACAUGCUGAAAGAGCGGCUGGCCCUGGCGACUUGGACCAUUAAAGGGGCUGCCAAUGCCUUGGUGGGUGAUAUCUGGGAUACAGACAAUGAAUUCUAG